ACAGUUCCGGGAGGGCGUCCUGGGCGGGCCCUGCGUCGGGUCGCAGUUUCACUUUUAGGUUUGGGCACCUCCAGCGGAAUUGCGCUCGCCGGACAGCUCCCAGGGGGACCAGACGCGCCACCCUCGGGGCUCCGACGGUCACGCCUUGGACAGGUGGCUCAUGGAGCUCCAGAUACAGAGAAGGCCCUGGAGGACGCAGCUGGGAUGGGGCGACACACUGACUGGGUUCUACAGAGCAUGGGGUCAGCCUUUGAGCGGGUGGUCCGGAGAGUGGUCCAGGAGCUGGACCACAGUGGGGAGUUCAUCCCCAUGACCAGCCCGCAGAACUCCACUGGCUUCCAGCCCUACUUCCUGGUGGUCAGGAAGCCCUCAAGCUCUUGGUUCUGGAAACCCCCUUAUAAGUGCGUCAACCUGUCAAUCAAGGACAUCCUGGAGCCGGAUGCCCCAGAACCAGAUUUGCAGCGUGGCA